CGCGAACUCGUGCGCAGUCACUGCCACGGUCGCCGAUCCAGCGCCAGUCUUUAACGCAACCUCGCGCAGUCCAAACGCGUGUCAAAACCAAUCAUUAAGAAAAGUGAUACGAUAUUCAAUUUCGAAUGUCAUAAAAUAGUGUUGUGUUGUGACGUAAUAACGAACGAGUUUUAUUUCUGUCUACUAUUAAAAUAAAGCGUCAAGAUGAACACGCUUGUGCUACUAUUCGGGUUGUCAAUUUGCAUGGUCGGCGUCUACGCGAGGCAUCUAGAAGAUCACAUUAGUGACUCUGCAUCAUUAUCACCAGACCACAACGAUGGCGUAAGGAAGCACGGAUCGGAAUCGCGCCAUCGUCGCCGAAGGUGGCAAAUGAACUAUGGUUACGAUUAUUCUGUGCCGCCAACUCACGCUUAUUAUCCUGAACGAAGGGAGUACGAAAAUCGUAACCAACAGCAAGAUCUUUUACCUCAGAUAGUAAAAUUACUUGAGGAAAUCGUAACUUAUGUUAAAAGGCCAGCAGCUCCAGUAGCACCGCAGCCUAUCUACAUACCCUACCCCGUCCCCUACCCAGUACCUCAAUACAGUUCUUGUUCAGACAAUGCUACAAAGAAACCAUCGAUUCACAACAGAUUCCCUGAAAUGGAAGAUACGAAUCAAAAUUGGGGAUUCGUCACUAACAAAGAUGACGACUCGGAUGACUUAAGUGACACUGGCAGGCCGAUCUCCUUCGAACCACUUAAACCAUUGCGACCACUGAAACGACCCUCGCCAAAGGUGGAACAUGGCAGCAGCCAGGCAGAUAACAAGCAGCCGUCUACCCCGGCACCACAAUUCAGCGACCAGCCUGGUUCGUUGAGGACUCCGAGCAUGUGUAACGCUGCUAUCCUCUCAUGCUGUGCAGACGAUAAAGCGCAACAAAGAGUGUGCUUCAACGGAUUCGGUUGUGGCGUCUCAUACGACAAUGGAAACGCUUGCAGCGACGAAUCAAUAUCAGCUGCUCUGGAUUCCUUUAAAGCAGCAUACUCGCCCGUGCAGUGAGUCCUUGUAACUAAAUUGUAUGAGAAAAAAUAAUUGUCAGUAUUGUCGUAACCG